AUAUUUUAUAGUUGUAUAACUACUGGAAAAUCUGUAGCCUGAUUCUAUGGGGGCUUUAUAUGCUAUUACAAAGAUCAAAUUAUAUGUUUAUAUGAGGCAAACCUAAAAUUCUAUGUACUGCCAUAAAAGUGUAAAUGCUCCCUUGGAAUUUAAGGUAGUAUUGUUCAUGGAAGUGUCUGUUGGUAAAGGGAGCUCAGACAAAAAACUUUUUUGUCACAUUGAAAUGACAUGGUGAUAAGUGAUAAGGCCAAAUAUGAUUUUUCAUUUGACCAAUUAAAGGCUACUAGAUAUCACACACAUCAGCAUCAGUACUUGAAGAUCACUCAUAUCUAGCUGCUACUAGUGCAUAAACAGUGACACUCAAAUCUCUUUUUAUGGUUCUUUAAAUUAAAACACAAGAUAUGCCAAGAUCAUUGAGGGAGAAAUUAGAACAUAGGGACAUGAUGGAUAAUUCCUCAUGUUCUGAAUAUUGGCCUGAGACUGAAACUGAAACUGAAACUGAGACUCAUUUUCAUCAUUUCCAAGAAGUUGCUGUUGCUUCACCUUUUCUACUUCCAUUGAUUCCAAAUACUUGUGAUGAUACCUCCUUUCAACUUUGUGAAAACCCUUGUUAUUGGUCUCAACACUUAUCUGAAGAAGAUGCAAGUGCAAGUGCAAAUGCAAGUGCUGCUUCUAGGAGCCAUAGUGAAGCUGAGAAAAGACGCAGAGACAGAAUUAAUGCUCAGCUUUCCACUCUAAGAAAACUCAUUCCCAGGUCUGAAAAGAUGGAUAAGGCAGCUCUACUUAGAAGUGUAGUUGAGCACGUUAAAGAUUUAAAAGGAAGAGCAAAGGAAAUCAGCAAAGUAGUGAACACUCCAACUGACAUUGAUGAAGUAAUAAUUGAGCAUUUAGAUGAGGAAGAAAAUCAUGAAAAUUCCAGCAAUAGCAUAUUUCUCAAGGUUUGUCUAUGCUGUGAUGAUCGACCUGAAUUGUUCUCAGAGCUAAACAGGGCGCUUAAGAACAUGAAACUAACAACUGUGGAGGCUAAUAUAACUAGUUUGGGUGGCAGAAUUAAGUGCGUUUUCGUGGUUAAGUCCAUUAAUGGUGUUUGCUUGAAUUCUCUUAAACAGUCUCUUAGAGUGGUGCUUAGUAGAAUUGCUAUUUCCCCUUCUACAUCCAAUUAUCGUAUCAAAAGUAAGAGGCAGAGAUUCUUCUUGCCUGCUAAUUUUUCUUAAUUCUUUUUGUUUAUUUAAUCUCCGGUCUUACAUAUUGAGCUUUUGAAAUGAGUGCUUGCUGGAGUAGCUCAACGAGGUUCGGAUUCAAUUCAGCCUAGUGGGUGUCUUUGCCACUGGACCAGCUAAACUUGUUUUGAUCUAUUGUGUCCGUGCAGUACUCAAGUGUUGAUUGGACUCGCUCAGCAGGUCUUUGUUUAUUUUUUAUUUUUUUAACAGGUUUGUUUAAUUAAAUUUGUUGCCAAUUUUCAUAGUCCCUGGUUCAGUAUGUUAUUUGUCUGAGAAAGUAUAUUGCAUGUCCAAUAAUCUUAAUAGCCAAGUCAAACAUCUUGUUUUUUUAA